AUGCUCGGGUGGCACAUAGCUAUCUUGCCUAUCUUGGCACUGGCUUCGCCGACUCCGAGACAACGGCGUCAGUCAUCUCCAGCUUUACUAACUGACCUUGAUACAAUCCAGCAGUACUGGGGUCAAAUCACUCCGUAUGCAGACAAUGCGGACGACUUCUUCGGGGUCGAGGACUCUGGGAUUCCAGAUGGCUGUCAAAUUGAGCAAGCUCACCUCUUAGAGCGCCAUGGAAGUCGCUUUCCCACUAGUUAUUUCGACGAUGGCAUCAACGAUGAAUACUUCGCCGCCAAAGUCUCUAAUUGGACUGAACAGAACAAUAACAGCAGCUUUACCGGCCCGCUAAGCUUCCUUAACACAUAUCAAUAUCUGCUUGGCGAAGGAGAUUUGGUUGGCCGAGGAGCUGUCCAGUCACUGGAGGCAGGAGUUACAUUCUGGCAACGGUACGGUCGCAUCCUUUUCAAUGCUACUGUUGGGCAACUUGCAUAUAAUGCCAGCUUUGCCAAUGGAACCGCACGGCCUAAGCCGGUGCUAAGAACAACCGGACAAGGACGCAUAGAAAACACGCAGAUGAACUGGGCCCUUGGCUUCUUCGGAUCGAGCUAUUUGGCUGAGCCCGACCCAACCUUUGAAAACGUCACUGCGGAUUUCAACGUUGUCAUAAUCCCGGAGGGUGGAACAGAGAACAAUACCUUGGCUUCUUAUGACAGUUGCAUCAACGCCUACUAUCUGGGCUUGGGACAAGACCAGAACCUCCUCCCAGUUGGCUAUCUUGGUGAUCUAGAUCUUUUGGCCUACCUCCCGAUUUACCUCAAUGAUGCCCAGAAGCGACUAUCAGAAUAUGUACCGAAGGGGUUCAACUUAACGCUUAACGAUACGUAUGCGUUACAGAGUAUUUGCGCCUACGAAACCAAUUACCUCGGGUCAUCUGAAUUUUGCUCCCUCUUUACCGAGAAUGAAUGGGCAGGGUUCGAAGCGACUCUCGACCAAGCCUACUACUACGACUAUGCCUGGGGCAAUCCGACGGGACGUGCUCAGGGUAUAGGGUAUCUACAAGAGCUCAUUGCCCGUCUGACCAAUCAAUUCAUCACGUCCUCCAACUCUAGUGUCAACAGUACACUCACCAAUAAUACGCGAGACUUUCCGCUUGGACAGAAGUUCUACGCUGAUUUCAGUCACGAUGAUAUUAUCAUCUCUGUUCUCACUGCAGCUUCAAUCGAUUACUUUCGAGAUCCACCAUCCCUUACAGAAUAUCCUCCAGAUCCAGAUCGUCACUUCAUCCUCUCACAUCUCACGCCCUUUGCGGCAAGAUUGGUGACUGAGGUCAUCGGGUGCGGGACGGCUGAUCCUAAUCCCCAAUCAACUGCCCGGACAUAUUACUCACCUACACAGUACGGGUACAAUCCUCAGAAUGCGACUCACAAAUUCAUCAGAAUGAGACUCAACAAUGGCAUCGUACCUCUUUCGAGUGUUCGAGGAGGCCACUGUGGCAAUCGAACUGAUGGCCUAUGCCCCUUUGACUCAUUCAUUACCAGUCAAGCAGAUGCAUAUAAGCUGUCAAACUAUGAUUUUGCAUGCUUUGGAAAUUACACCAUUGAUUACCCUAACAACGGGCCAGAUUAUGACGGGACGAUCUUCAAUGGCACCAGUGCUACGAGAUAG